CUGGACAGCAACCUGGUGAUCCGCCUGCCGGACCGGCCCCUCAAGCCCGGGGAGGUGCUUAGUAUCUUCCUCUACCUAGCCCCCAACUCCUCCACAGCCGCCAGCCCCAGCGUGGAGCAUUUCACACUCAGGGUGAAGGCAAAGAAGGGAGUGACCCUUCUAGGCACCAAGUCACGGAGUGGCCAGUGGCACGUGACCUCAGAGCUGCUGACUGGGGCCAAGCACUCCACAGCCACGGUGGAUGUGGCUUGGGCCCAGGGUACCCCCCUGCCCCCUAGGGAGGGCCAGGUCCCCCUGGAGAUCCUGCAGCUGGACUUCGAGAUGGAGAACUUCACCAGCCAGUCGGUCAAGCGCAGGAUCAUGUGGCACAUUGACUACCGCGGCCAGGGGGCCCUGCCUGACCUGGAGCGGGCAGUCACUGAGUUGACGGUCAUCCAGAGGGACGUGCAAGCCAUCCUGCCCCUAGCCAUGGACACAGAGAUCAUCAACACGGCCAUCCUGACCGGGCGCACAGUGGCCAUCCCUGUCAAGGUCAUCGCCAUCGAGGUGACCGGCCUCGUCCUAGACAUCUCUGCGCUGGUGGAAUGCGAGUCUGACAACGAGGACAUCAUCAAGGUGUCCAGCAGCUGCGACUACGUGUUUGUGAGCGGGAAGGAGUCGCGAGGGUCCAUGAACGCCAGGGUCACAUUCCGCUAUGACAUCCUCCGGGCGCCCCUGGAGAUGACGGUCUGGGUGCCCAAGCUGCCCCUGCACAUCGAGCUCUCCAACGCCCGCCUCAGCCAAGUGAAGGGCUGGAGGGUACCUGUCCUUCCCGACCGGAGGUCGGCCCGGGAGAGCGAGGAUGAGGAGGAGGAGGAAGAAGAGCGGCGGCAGAGCACGAGCCGGGGCUGCACCCUGCAGUACCAGCACGCCACGCUGCAGGUCUUCACCCAGUUUCACACGGCAUCGUCGGAGGGCACGGACCAGGUGGUCACCAUGCUGGGCCCCGACUGGCUGGUGGAGGUCACUGACCUGGUCAGCGAGUUCAUGCGGGUGGGUGACCCCCGAGUGGCGCACAUGGUGGACAGCAGCACGCUGGCCGGCCUGGAGCCAGGCACCACCCCCUUCAAGGUGGUGUCCCCACUGACAGAAGCUGUGCUCGGGGAGACGCUGCUGACCGUGACGGAGGAGAAGGUCAGCAUCACACAGCUGCAGGCCCAGGUGGUGGCCAGCCUGGCCCUCUCCCUGCGGCCCAGUCCAGGGAGCAGCCACACUAUCCUGGCUACCACAGCUGCCCAGCAGACCCUCAGCUUCCUUAAGCAGGAAGCCCUCCUGAGCCUCUGGCUUUCCUACAGCGACGGCACCACGGCCCCGCUCUCCCUCUACAGCCCCCGGGACUACGGGCUGCUGGUGAGCAGCCUGGACGAGCACGUGGCCACGGUGACCCAGGACCGUGCCUUCCCGCUGGUGGUGGCCCAGGCCGAGGGUGCCGGCGAGCUGCUCCGCGCCGAACUCACGAUCGCGGAGAGCUGCCAGAAAACCAAACGCAAAAGCGUGCUGGCCACCACGCUGGUGGGGCUGCGGGUACACUUUGGGAGGGACGAGGAGGACCCCACCUACGACUACCCGGGCCCCAGCCAGCCAGGGCCUGGCGGGGGCGAGGACGAGGCCCGGGGAGCCGGGCGGCGCGGUACGGGGGUCCCCCCAGCAGAGGGCCCGGGCAGGGGUACAGCCAGCCCGGCGAUCCCGCCCACAGAGGACUUCCUGCCGCUGCCCACCGGCUUCCUGCAGAUGCCCCGGGGGCUGACGGACCUGGAGAUCGGCAUGUACGCGCUGCUGGGCGUCUUCUGCCUCGCCAUCCUCGUCUUCCUCAUCAACUGCAUCGUCUUCGUGCUGCGCUACCGGCACAAGCGCAUCCCGCCCGAGGGCCAGACCAGCAUGGACCACUCGCACCACUGGGUGUUUCUGGGCAAUGGGCAGCCGCUCAGGGUGCAAGGCGAGCUCUCGCCGCCGCCCGGCAACCCGCUGGAGACGGUGCCCGCCUGCUGCCACGGCGACCACCACAGCAGCGGCAGCUCGCAGACCAGCGUGCAGAGCCAGGUGCACGGGCGCGGCGACGGCUCCUCGGGCGGCUCUGCCCGGGACCAGGCGGAGGACCCCGCCAGCUCGCCCACGUCCAAGCUCAAGCGGGUUAAGUUUACCACCUUCACCACGCUGCCCUCGGAGGAGCUGGCCUACGACUCGGUGCCCGCCGGCGAGGACGACGACGAGGACGACGAGGAUCCGCGCUGGGGCUGCCCCGAUGUGGCCAGCACCGCGCGGCCCGCCCAGCCGCCGGACCUGCACAAUUAUAUGCGCAGAAUCAAAGAGAUCGCGUAGACGCGCUGCCGCCGGGGUGACUGGGGACCCCGUCCACGUGAUGGCUGCUCUAAAGGAAGCCAGCCGGGACCUGACCUGCGGCGCUGGCCGGCUGCAUCUGGUUUUAUUUUACACCGGGGCGGGGGCGGCUAGGCUCUGGUCCUUCCACCUGACCCCCAUAGCAGCUCCCCCACCCUGCAGGUGGAGGCGCCUCCCUCUGGGGGUUGCAGGAACCCCUGCACUGUGCCACCCUUUCCAAACAUCCCCCUGCCCUAGGCAGCCCUCCUGACCCAUGCAGAGGUGAGGAGACCCAAGCUUGGGACGAGGUGGACCUACACUGUGCCCCUGCCCCUGCCUCCCCUGUUCCCGGUCUUCCCCGAGAGCUGGGGGAGCUGGGGGUCUUGUAUCACAGGCUGCACAAAGACUUUUCAAACCAAUAUUCAGGGAUUUCUGUACUGCAGGGUGGGGAGGCGGUGGCUGCCUGCCCUGCCAAGGAUCUUACUGUGGACAAAAGAUGUGGGGAGAUGGGUGGGGGAUAAGUUGUAGCAUCUGCUGGCUUCCCCGGGGCCUGCUCCCUUCCCAGCCCCUGGCAGCUGACUGCAGAGGGGUCUGAGGGCCAGCUGGACACCUUCCUGUGUGCUAAGGACUCGGCUGCUCCAAGGGCAGAUGGCAAGGUCCCAGCUGAAAGGAAUCCUGGGUCCUUCCCCGGUGUAGCUCCAGAGCCCGAGAUCUGGACAGACCCAAAGAGGCCAAGGUGCCUCCUGCUGACGUCACAGCAAGGUUGACACCAAGCCUCUGCUCUGCUGACCGCUCCUGCCCUUUGCAAAACAGGAGCUGGUGGAAGGGGACAAGAGGCACCAGGGGGGUGCUGAGAGGAACCUUGGGGUGGACAGAGGCUAAGGGGAGCCCAGGCAUCUCCCCAAACCCCAGCCCACAGCCAGUUUUCUUGCGGGUUCUACCCACCACUGUGUCAGAUUUUUCUUAAAUAAAUGGACGCGACCAGUCUGGGGGUGGGGGCAGCAGCUCCCGGA